GCACGGUCCCCGCCUGCAGUGGGUGGGAGUGGGGAAUACUAUCCCGCGCUUAACUGACCAAUUUACCCAUGAAGGGGAAGUUGUGUUCAGCUGAAAGGCAUCUUUUUGUGAUUGCUCCCCAUCACCACUGCUCAAUACUCUUCCCUCCAGAACCUAGACUUUGUGAUCGGCAAAUGUCCGUGUUGUGGUCGCACUGCUUUGUUUUGCCGAAAUGCCGGAACGUGACUUGUUUUGUUGGGAUGAUGAGUUUUACAAGACGGACAGGAUAGCAAUUUGCAUCAUGUACCUAUAGAUAAGUAGUGAUGUCAACGAAGAUUCGGCUGUCAUAUCCUGAUAGCACUUUCCAACGAGCGGUUGCGAGAACCCA